ACUUGACAUUUAUUAAUAUUUAAUUAGCUCUUCCUCAUAAGUUUAACUUAUAAAAAUACGCUUGAAUUAAUAUUUAAAGUGUCUCUAAGAAAAGGAAUUUAUUUAUAUUUGUCAAGUAUCUAAUAGUAGUAAUAGUAACUAAUUAAGUUAUGGCUUCUCCGUCUCCUAAAUCACCUGAACAAAGUGAAAAAAAUAAGCAAUACGACCGGCAAUUAAGACUUUGGGGGGACCAUGGGCAAAAUGCACUAGAAAAUGGACAUAUUUGCUUAAUAAAUGCUUCUGCAUUAGGUACGGAAAUAUUAAAGUCAAUUGUUUUACCUGGUGUAGGAGCAAUUACUAUAGUUGAUCACAACUUAGUAAGUGAUGAAGAUAUUGGCAGUAAUUUUUUUUUGGAAUGCUCGAGUAAAGGGCUUAAUAGGGGCUCUGAAACUCUCAGACUUUUAUUAGAGUUAAAUCCUGCUGUACAGGGGCAUGCUGUGUAUGAACCAGCAGAACAAAUACUACGUGAUAAUCCUGAUUUUUUUAAAUCUUUCAAUGUUGUCAUAGCCACAUGUAUUGGAGAAAAAACCAUUCAGGAUCUAGCACAGCAUUUGUGGGAUCUGAAUAUACCCUUUAUUUUAUGCAGAUCUGUUGGGUUUUUAGGAUCAUUCAGGAUACAAAUGAAUGAACAUACAAUAAUUGAAACUCAUCCUGAAAAUGAGCAAAUUGAUCUACGUUUAGAUGUACCAUUUCCCAUCCUUGCUGAAUAUUUAGAUGCUUUUGACAUAGAUACUGUUGACUUAAAAGAUCAUGGUCACAUUCCUUGGAUUAUUAUAUUAUAUAAAGCAGUACAAAAAUGGCAAACAACUAAUCAAAAUAGAUGGCCUAUGAGCAGAAAAGAGAAAAAUGAAAUUAAGGAUGUAAUACAAGAUUUUUUUAGAAAGGAUGAAAACGGUUUACCAAUUGAAGAAGAAAAUUUUAAUGAAGCUUUAAGAGCAGUUAAUACUGCUUUAGUACCUACAUUUUUACCCGUAAAAAUUCAAGAUCUUAUUUAUUGUAGCUCUGCAAUUAAUUUAACUAAAGAGAGUUCACCAUUUUGGAUAAUGUGUUCAGCCCUAAAAGCUUUUGUGGAAGCCGAAGGAAAAGGUAAGCUACCUUUAAGAGGUGUUCUUCCUGAUAUGACAACAUCAACAGAACAUUAUGUAAAACUUCAAAGUAUAUAUCGUGCCCAAGCAGCUAUGGAAGCUGAAAUUAUUUAUAGAAAGGUACAGGAAAUUGUUGCACAACUACAUUGUGAUAGUAUCAGUGAAGCAGAUGUGAAACUUUUCUGUAGACAUUCCCAUGAUUUACAUUUAAUGAAAGGUUCAAAUAUAGCCGAAGAAUAUAAACUGGGCAAUACCAUAGCAUCAUACAUAGCAAGAUAUCUGGAAGAACCAGAUGUUAUGAUGGUUCAUUAUAUUCUUUUAAGAUCUGCUGAAAAGUUUCAAUCGGAACACUGUCGAGCACCAGGAGAAUGGGAACCAGAGGGAGACAUUGCAAAGCUGAAAACAUGUGUUACUAAAUUGCUUAGUGAUAUAUCUUGUACACCAUUUCCUAAGGAUGAUCACAUUCAUGAAAUGUGUAGAUAUGGUGGAGCAGAGAUUCAUAGUGUUUCAGCUUUUCUUGGAGGAUGUAUUGCACAUGAAGCUAUUAAAAUAAUUACAAAGCAAUACAAACCUGUUAAUAACACUUUUAUCUAUGACGGUGCUUCAACUAAUACUGCUACAUUCACAUUUUAAUACAGCUUCCACUAUUUAUGAUGAAUAAAAAAUAUAUAAAGAAACGACUUUUAUUAGAAUUUAAUGGGAUACAAAAAAGAUCCAGUAUUUCUUUUCCCGGUGUAUCAUACAUUCUGCUACAGCUAAGUUGAAAGGAAGGGUAAUGUUGUAUUAAUAUAAUUAGUUAUAUUAAUAACACUUUGUAUACCACUACCACUUUCAUAGG